AUGAAUGGCGCCGCCAGAAAGCCAAGUUUGCUUGUCCUCAAGAUGUCGCACACGCCUCUAUCAACCGCAGAUGACCAGAGAUACUCGAACAUGGAUAUUGACAGAAUCCUCAACCUCCCUCGAGCCGACCACCGCGUCACACCACCCAAAAUGCCACCCUACGACGACAAGAUCCCCGUCAUAAUCGACAGAGAAAGCUUUGCUGAAUUUACCGUCUCCCGCCACCUUCUCACCUCCAUAUCCGACUACCUCGCCUACCUCUUCGCCACCCCUCCCUCCUCCAACGGCAACACCGCCCUCCCCGACGAUCCCAUCGGAGCCAUCAUUUCAAAGACCGGCACUCGCAACGAGAAGCUGUACCUCACAAAGCUCAAAGUCUGUGACUUCCAAGACUUCCUCCGCUGGCUAACAGACGGCCACAUUCUCCCACACCACUACGGCUACGACCAAAUCACCAUCGUAGCCUCCGCCAGCCGCAUCAUCCGCGCUCUCGACAUCGGCAUCAUGCUCGAGAGUAACGCGUAUGUGAUGGCAGCGAUGAAUAAGUUCCACGUGGUUGGGGCAUUCCUCGAAAGGCCGGAGGAGUUCGUGAAUGAGAUCUUCACGUCUACUAGGCAGAUGGCAAAUCAUCCUGCGCGGAGGAUGAUUGUGGCGAUCGUGGCGGCGAAGACGAUGGUGAAGGGGAGGCGGGCUGUGUGCGACAGUGGCGAGAAGAGGAUUGAGAGGGGUGAGAGGCUGAAGUCUGGGACGUUUUGGGGAUUGUGGGAUGAGUACUUUGGGGUGAGGAAAGGGGAGAGGAGCUAUCCUGAGACGUUUGAGAAAGCGGUUCUGUGGGGAGGGUACAAGCAGUGA